GAGGAGCCCCUUUAUCACUCCCAUAUCCUCCAGUGAGUGUGUAUAUAUAUGUGGGUGUGCUGCUUACACAGCCUCCCAGACAGCAGCAGCAGGUUGAUACACACAAAGACAGUUCCUGGUGCAGAAGCUCUUUUGGAGAACUUUGAGCAUUUCUCUCCUACAGCACAGUCUACUACACAGAGGAAAGAUGACUACACCAACUAGCCGUCUCCUGAUUGGCCUGAUGUGUCAGGUAACCUGCACGUGGGCCUUCGCUCGCCUGCCCGAGGAUGCAGAACUGCGUUCUGCCUUUUCAGUGGCACGCACCAGCAGCAUGGAGGGUGGACCAAAGAUGGUGGUGACCUUUGACAAGGAGUAUGUUAACAUCGGUGGGGACUUUGAUCCAAAGGCAGGCAUGUUCCGCUGCCGCAUCCCCGGAGCAUACUACUUCUCCUUCACAGUGGGGAAGUUCCCCAGUCGUGACCUGUCAGUCAUGCUAAUGAAGAACAGGAAUGAGGUGCAGGCAAUUGUGUAUGAUGAGAAUGCGGGAGAGGAGCGUAAGGUGCAGAGCCAAAGCGCCAUGCUGCAGCUGGACUUUGGUGACACAGUCUGGCUCCGCCUUCACGGUGAUCCCCGCUAUGCCAUCUACAGCAACACAGGUCACUACACCACCUUUAACGGCUACCUAAUCUACCCUGACACCUACACCUUCCAAAACCGCAAGCACGAGGACUCAACUCCCAUGUAUGGAAACGAGGCGAAUGCCAAUGACCACACCCUAACAGACCAGGAUGGGCUGGGAGAAAGGGACAACGUAGAGAAGAGAGAGGAGGUAGAGGAUAAAGAGGAGGACCAGAGGUCAGCCUUCUCCGUUGGCCGCACUCAGAGCAUCGUAGGGGUGGACCAGGGCUUCACAGAACACCGUCCUAUCUCCUUUGACACAGACUUUGUCAACAUCGGCGCUGACUUUAACGUCACCGAAGGUGUAUUCACCUGCCGUAUUCCAGGAGCCUACUUCUUCUCCUUCAAUGCUGGCAAGCUUCCCCACAAAACCCUGUCAAUCAAGCUGAUGAAGAACCACCUGGAGGUGCAGGCCAUGAUCUACGAUGACAGUGACACUGAGAAGGCUCUGCAGAGCCAAAGUCUGAUGCUGUCUCUGCGCCGUGGGGAUAUCGUCUGGCUUUAUAGCCACCAGCGCGAUGGCUUUGGAGCAUACAGCAACCAUGCCAAGUAUAUAACCUUCACUGGCUUCCUGGUCUAUCCAGAAAUACAAAAACUAGCCACCAAUCAGCAGUAACAGCAGAGCCGGAAGCCAUAAGGGACAGUGUCAAGAACACAGUUGGCUGUGGACCUACUACACUCAAUUAUUCUAUGUCCAGCUAAUUCUUUCAAUGGGUUUACUUUGUCAAACUCCAACUUGCAGUCUUGAAUUAAUGAAGAUGUUACUACAUACUAGCAUUUUUGCUAUUUUCAGGAUAUGAUGUCUCAGUUAAUACUUAUCUGGAUUUUUUAUCAAUGUCUUGAAAGGCAUUGUCAAAUAAUGGGGACACUUGUUUUGUGUCACAUUUAGUAUUUUUCCUUCAUUUUAGAGUGAGUUUCUGAUAAGGCCAGUGUCGGAUCACAAUGAAAUAAAAUGGCAUUUUGAACCAAAAACCAUGACCAACACUUAGAAUAAAUGUCCUGUUACAGUGCAGGGCUGUCCAUUGGACCAAUACAGGCACCAUACUCAUCCUUGUUGUAGCUUGAAAUCUGCUAGUUUUGGACCUCGGGGCACCAGGCUCAUAAUUGGAUUUCUAACUUAGCAGAGUUUAAUUUAUUUCCUCAGCUGGUGACCGCUGUGGAGAAAAUUGAAUUGCCUAUAUCAUCCCUUAUGAUAAACGUGCCGGUUUAAUUCACACACCCCGAGAGAGAAAAAUGCUCUUAAAAUUGUGCCAGGCUUCAGCAAAUUACAGUCUGUUUGAGAGGUCAUUUAAACAACAUAUAAAAAAUAGCAUAUAGUCCAAUUAUAAUGUUAAUUUUACUCUCCAGCAAAUACUGUAUUUUGAUUCUCCAUGUCACACCCUGAUCUGUUUCACCUGUUUUAUGCUUGUCUCCCCCCCCCUCCCCCCACCAGGUCUCUCCCAUUUGUCCCCAUUAUCCCCUGUGUAUUUAUACAAGUGUUCUCUGUUUGUCUGUUGCCAGUUAGUCUUGUCAGUGUGUUUUUCCCUGUUUGAGUCGCUGUUUUCUAGUCUUCCCGGUUCUGACUGCUCUGACCCUGCCUGCCGUUCUGUACCUCAUUGACUCUGCCCUGGAUUACUGACCUCUACCUGCCCCCUUGUAUAAUAAAUAUUAUGAGAACUGUA